AUGGCACCACCCGCUAUUCCACCUCCAAAGAGCCCCCUUGGUCGCCACCGGCUGCUGGCUCCGACUGCAGGGGUUUUCGUCAGCCCGAUAUGUCUGGGAACGAUGAAUUUUGGUGGUGUGAUGAACGAUUCGCUGGGCGAGUGUAGCAAAGAGACAGCAUUUGAGAUUCUCGAUUACUUUUACGAACAAGGGGGUAAUUUCCUCGACACUGCGUCGAGCUACCAGGGGGAAGAGUCUGAGAAGUGGCUGGGUGAAUGGCUGUCCAAGACUGGGCACCGCGAUGAGUUUGUCCUAGCGACAAAGUACACGGGAAACUUCAAGUCCAGGUCGGAAUCAUACCGGCAACAGUCCAACUUCGGCGGAAACGGCACCAAGAGCCUGCAUCUAUCCGUCGAAGCGAGCCUCGAGAAGCUCCAGACUACCUACAUUGACCUCCUCUACCUCCACUUCUGGGAUAUGACGGCAGACAUACCCGAAAUCAUGCAGUCGCUCAAUCACCUUGUUGCGUCAGGCAAGGUCCUGUACCUAGGCAUCUCGGAUACGCCAGCCUGGAUCGUGGUUAAAUGCAACGACUACGCAAGGCAUCACGGGCUCAGACCUUUCUCGGUGUACCAGGGCCGGUGGUCCGCAGCCGAUCGGGAUUUCGAGCGAGACAUCAUCCCCAUGUGCCGAGCUGAAGGCAUGGGAUUGGCACCAUGGGGCACGCUUGGCCGUGGUCUCUUCAAACCCAAGGGCGAGGUCGAAGCUGGUGGUCGAAACAUGCCCUCGAUGAAUAACGGCCGCGAGGCUCUGGUUUCAGAGCAGCUUGAGAAGGUAGCUGAUCGUAGGGGAGUCCCCAUCACAUCAGUUGCCCUGGCGUACGUGAUGCACAAAUCAGCAUUUGUCUUCCCCAUCUUGGGCGGCCGAAAGCUCCAUCACAUUCGGGGCAACAUUGACGCCCUGAGUCUGCGCUUGACGAGUCAGGAUAUUGCCGAUAUUGAAACUGCCUACCCGUUUGACGUCGGCUUUCCACACAACUUUUUGAGCGGAAGUACUCAGUACGGACCCAAAGGACCUGGUCAUGUUCGCCCUGCUAAUGUUCGCGGGUGGUUUGAGUAUGUCGAGGACAUCCAUCCAAUCUUGCCUCAACUCGGGGAAUGA